UAGCUUUUUACGAGCGAAGCUACAAAUUAUUGGACGAAAUGAAUACCGUGAGGUCGUUUUGGCUGGGCUGGGGCUCAUUAUGUGUCGCCGGCGGCGCGGCAUACUACUUCGCGAAGCAGAGCAUCAAUGCCGACCGCCAGUCCAGGCUAGAGGAGCAGCGCAAGAAGAAGGCCAUGGUUGAGUCGCUCGAAUACUCCCAGAACGUCCCUACCCGGCCGCUCUCCUCAGCGACCAUGGGUGGCUCCGAGACGGGGAUAGCGAACGGCGGCCCGGCGAGGUUAGACCCGGCGGGCUCGCCGAGCCAGGAAUCUAGCAACGACCCAGCUCCGACACGACACGCACCAGCUACCGAGGGACAGAGGGUGGUCGAGAAGAGCAAGUACGAAGCAGCAGCCCCGUUCAGGAGUCCGAAAGGAGACCGGUUUUCUUAAGUGGCGAUGGGGAGACCCCGUACAUGGGCACGUUCACAGGAGGACGUUGUACGUCUUGCUAUUCUAGUCUUGUAUUAUGGAGGCGAAGCCGCAUUGCGAUACUGGUCAUCCUGUCGCGUCGGCGCUUCCCGCUGGCCCUCAGAAGUUGGCCCCGUCCAAGACGGUGUCCCCUCAUGGCCGUGAGUUCCUCUUCACUACCAAUGCAAUAAACUCUCGGUAGCUGGAGAAACAAAUAAAUGAUUCUGUAUGACGUGUAUAAUAGAGUGACG